AAUGGAUCUUAAACAUCUUAUAUUGGUUUUCAGUUGUGUUGGCUGUGAAAAUAGCCAUUGAUGCUGGCAUGGCAUGAAAAGCAAACAAUCAAACAAACCCAUAGUUUCUAACCGGAAACUGGCCUAACAGGUGGAUUGAAUUAGUGAAAUCUGGAAAGGAAAGAUGCAGGCAUUCUUUAAAGUGUUGUUUGAUUCAACCUCCAAUAUCAGAUGACUACAGGGAUUCUGCCAAGUGAUAGUUUGUGACAGGAGUGUUGUUUGGUAAACAAAGAGUCAACCAGAAUCAACUGUGUGAGCAGGAAGUGCUUGAAUUUGGAGACGUACUUCGACCAUCACUAAACACUAUCUCAGUCUGAAGUGUUGACAGAAUUUACAUCAGGAAGCAAAAUGUCGUUCAGUGUUGAGUAAAUGGAAAAGACACUCACUUGACUCCAGCAGGCAUAGUAUAAUACUGUAGUCUUUCAUGAUGAUGGACACACAGCGGUUCAAGAGACUCUGAUACUGAUCAUCUCCCUGUUACACUCAGUAGUCCUGUUGUAGGGGCCACUGAGGGGGGAAGACACUUCAUGCACUGAACUCAUACUAUGACUGACCCCAUCAUGGACUUUUUUGAUGACCCUAACUUAUUUGGGGGAGGGCUUGACAGCCUAGUCCAGGAUGACCCAGGGUUUACCCCUGGGACUGUGUCCUUGGAAGAUGAACUUCACCUGGGUCCUAGCUUUGAGCCUCUACAGGUGGAUGCAGGGUCCAGACCUUCAGGUUCUACCAUCCAGCAUGAGAUACCCUAUAGUCAACCUGUGGGGCAUUUUGACACUAUGAAAGCACAAUCCUUUUCUGCUACAGAAGGAGGUAACAAUGGUGGAAGAGCAUUUCUGCCACAGCAGCAACAGUUUCAAGGUCAUACUCUGAACCAAGUGCCGCAGACUAAUGGACUAAUGUUUCUUAACGACAGCCUCAUGUGGGGAAACCAUGAUCAAAAUGGGAAUAACUAUCAUCAGCACAUUAAACACCACCAACAACUUCAUCAAGUUCAGCAUAAACAAUUUCAACAGCAUCAAGGUCAACAUCAGCAUCAGCAAUACAGUCAGCAACAUCUUCAACAGAGACAACACCCGAUCUCAAACCACCAGCACCUCCCACACCAACAGACAGCCCAUCAAGGUUUGCACCAUCUUGUCAAGACCUAUCAGGAACAUCCUAGCUUUUACUAUCAGGGAAAUGUCCCCCAAAAUCAUUCCCAGCAAGGCCACCAUAACUCCCUCGGCAUGGAGGGUAGUCCCUUCCACCCUGCGGUUGCCCAGGGUGGACAUUCACAGUCUAAACCUUAUCUUGAGGCCUCAGUGAUGCCUGUGUCCUCCCAGCAGCACAGUGGGUUUCAGGUGGCCCAAGAGGUCCAAGGCUUUACUGCGGGUCCAGGGUUGCAGGACAAAGACCUGGGCUUCCCAUUCCCAACCCAUUCUUUCCCAUCCGGCUCAGUCAGCCAUGCCUCAUCCUAUCCCAUUGCUCAUUACUCUCUUCCUGCUCAGCCUCCCCCUGUAGUAAAUGCAACUCAAUCUUACUCCUCUGCCCCAGUUUCUUUGCCAGACUCUUCAACUGCCAUCCCAUCAUCAUCAUCCCCAAACCUGUUGGAUACCAGUUGUCCAUUCCUGUCUACUGCCGGAAUGGAACAUCAACAGCAACAAGUCAGAAUACCUGAUAUUCCAGCACAAGAGUGCCAAUUCCGAGGCAUGCAGAACUCCAAAUUGACCAAGAAUACCUUCGGCACCUCUGAGAUGUUCUCAGAUGGUCUAAACUCAUUCUCCAUGGUAGACCAGAGGAACUGUGAUAUGGCUGGACAUACAGUUACAAACCAGAGUGAAAGUAGCAGCAGUGGGUUUCAGGCUCUGGAGGAGGCCUUGCUUGGAGAGCAACAUGGGGAAAGACUUGAGGACCUGGGUGAAGCUCCUGACCUUUUGGGCGAUGAGUUGUUGCCUCAGUUGGAGGCAAUGGAUCAGGAAGAGAUUUCCAACCACUCUUGGGCAAAUGCAGGGCUAGGGGAUGAACAACAAGAAAAAGUGAAAGAAGAGAAAAUCAUGGAGGAUGGCCAGGAUUUGUCAAUGGAUAUCAAUGCACAGCCUCCAAAGAACACUAAUGGUCCCAACAGUCAGGCACGGGUGCUUAGCCCACCAGUGAAGAGUAGCUCCUCUUCUUCCUCUUCAUCAUCCUCCUACGUAUCCGUGUCAGAGAAACGGGUUCAGAAGCAACAGCAGCAGCAGCAGAUGGAGGCAUCCAUCUCAGAAGAUAAACAACAGAAGGCCAAUCGAAUCAUCUCGGAGGCCAUCGCUAAAGCACGAGAAAGAGGAGAGAGAAAUAUCCCACGUGUCAUGAGUCCCGACAGCUUCCCAUCUUCAUCGUCACAACAUCGUCACAGGGCAGGUGCCUCUAAGUCCAAAGGCAAGGAUAAGAGGUCCAAGAAUGCCCGGAUUGUGUCAUCCUCCAAGCCCAAACAAAAGGCUCAAAUUGGGAAAAUCGUUAUAAAGUUUGGAAAGAAGAAGCGAAAGAAGACAGAUUCCUCAGAGGAACUCUCUGACGAUGACAGGCCACCUCGACGAUCCUCUAAAGACGUUGAUUCGAAACGGCGUUCUAACCGUAAGGUCAAGCGGAAGAAGUAUGAGGAUGACGGGGAGGCUCGACUGUCUGAGGAAGAAAUGAAGGUUAUCGUCAAAGCCAAGAAGAGCAACUCCAGUGCUCAGAAAGCGGCUGCUGUACAACUGUUUGUGGAGAACCCAAGUGAGGAAGAUGCUGCAGUGGUUGAUAAAAUCAUGGCAUCUCGCGUGGUGAAAAAAGAGGUUUCACCUGGAUUGUUGGUGGAAAUUGAGGAGUACUAUGUCAAAUACAAAAACUACUCAUAUCUUCAUUGUGAGUGGGCAACGGAGCAGCAGUUAGUGAAAGACAAGAGGAUCCAGCAGAAAAUCAAACGCUUCAAGAUCAAACAGGCACAGAAAGCACACUUCUUUGCUGAUAUUGAGGAGGAUCCAUUCAAUCCUGACUAUGUUGAAGUAGACAGAGUACUAGAGGUCUCGUACUGUGAGGACAAGGACACCAGAGAGCCGGUUGUGUAUUACCUGGUAAAGUGGUGCUCAUUGCCAUAUGAGGAUAGCACGUGGGAGCUGAAGGAAGAUGUAGACCAGACUAAGAUUGAAGAGUUCAAGCAGCUGCAGGCAGUAAAACCAGAAACCAACAGAGUGGAGCGUCCUCCGGCGAGUCACUGGAAGAAGCGGGCGCAAUCGCGAGAGUAUUGUAAUGGCAACUGUCUCAGGGAUUACCAGCUGGAGGGGGUCAAUUGGCUGCUCUUCAACUGGUACAACAGGCGUAACUGUAUUCUGGCUGAUGAGAUGGGUCUGGGAAAGACCAUCCAGUCUAUCACAUUUCUGGAUGAGAUCUAUCGUAUGGGCAUCAAAGGGCCGUUCCUCAUCAUCGCCCCGCUCUCCACCAUUGCUAACUGGGAGAGAGAGUUCAGAACCUGGACGCACCUCAACGUCAUUAUCUACCACGGCAGUAUGGUGAGCAGACAAAUGCUCCAGCAGUAUGAGAUGUACUUCAGAGACGCUCAGGGUCGCAUGAUAAGAGGUGCUUACCGGUUUCAGGCACUCAUUACCACAUUUGAGAUGAUUUUGGGAGGCUGUCCAGAACUUAACGCAAUAGACUGGCGGUGUGUCAUCAUUGACGAAGCCCAUCGACUCAAAAAUAAGAACUGCAAACUACUGGAAGGCUUUAAACUGAUGAGUCUGGAACAUAAGGUGUUGUUGACGGGCACUCCCCUACAGAACACAGUGGAGGAGCUUUUCAGUCUGCUGCAUUUCCUGGAGCCCACCCGCUUCCCCUCUGAAAACACCUUUAUGCAGGAGUUUGGAGACCUCAAGACUGAGGAGCAGGUCCAGAAACUCCAGGCCAUCCUGAAGCCAAUGAUGCUGCGUCGUCUCAAAGAAGACGUAGAGAAGAAGUUGGCCCCUAAAGAGGAGACCAUCAUUGAGGUGGAGCUCACCAACAUACAGAAAAAAUACUACCGUGCCAUACUGGAGAAAAACUUCUCAUUCCUGGCUAAAGGUGCUGGCCAAGCCAACGUCCCCAACCUGCUCAACACCAUGAUGGAACUGCGGAAAUGCUGCAACCAUCCCUACCUCAUCAAAGGGGCUGAGGAGAAAAUCUUGGAGGACUUCAAGGAGGUGUACAACCCCGCAGCAGUAGAAUUUCACCUGCAGGCCAUGAUUCAGUCGGCAGGUAAACUCGUUCUCAUUGACAAGCUGCUGCCCAAGAUGAAGGCUGGUGGACACAAAGUUCUUAUCUUCUCUCAGAUGGUGCGCUGCCUUGACAUCCUGGAAGACUACCUCAUCCAGAGAAGAUACCUCUAUGAGCGGAUAGACGGGCGUGUACGUGGGAACCUUCGGCAAGCUGCAAUAGACCGCUUCAGUAAACCCGACUCUGAUCGAUUCGUCUUCCUGCUGUGCACACGAGCAGGUGGGCUCGGAAUUAACCUUACAGCUGCUGACACCUGUAUCAUCUUCGACUCUGACUGGAACCCACAGAAUGACCUGCAGGCUCAGGCUCGCUGCCACCGGAUUGGUCAGAAUAAAGCGGUGAAGGUUUAUCGAUUAAUAACACGAAAUUCAUACGAGCGGGAGAUGUUCGAUAGAGCCAGUCUCAAGCUAGGAUUGGAUAAAGCGGUGCUUCAGAGCAUGAGCGGGCGGGACAACAGUCUUGGGGGAGGAGGACAGAUCCAGCAGCAGCUCUCAAAGAAGGAGAUUGAGGAUCUUCUGCGUCGUGGAGCUUAUGGUGCCAUCAUGGAUGAGGAAGAUGAGGGAGCUAAAUUUUGUGAAGAGGACAUUGACCAAAUCCUGCAACGCAGAACCAAGACCAUCACCAUUGAAUCUGAGGGUCGGGGCUCCACCUUUGCCAAGGCCAGUUUUGUAGCUUCAGGGAACAGAACAGACAUCUCUCUGGACGAUCCCAACUUCUGGGACAAGUGGGCCAAAAAAGCAGAGAUUGACAUGGAUACGGUCAAUGACAGAAACAGUCUGGUUAUCGACACCCCUCGAGUCAGGAAACAGACCCGGCCGUUCAGCGCCACUAAAGAUGAGCUGGCCGAGCUCUCUGAAGGGGAAAGCAGCGGCGAGGACAAACCCAAACUCCGCCGGCCACAUGACCGCCUCAACAGCUAUGGCCGCACAGAGUGCUUCAGGGUUGAGAAGAAUCUGCUGGUGUAUGGAUGGGGCCGCUGGAAGGACAUCCUGGCACAUGGACGUUUUAAACGACAGCUGAGUGAGCGUGAUGUGGAGUGUAUAUGCAGGGCGCUGUUAGCAUACUGCCUUGUUCAUUACCGUGGAGAUGACAAAAUCAAGAGCUUCAUGUGGGAUCUGAUUGCCCCCACAGAGGAUGGCAGGACCAAGGAACUGCAGAACCAUUUGGGAUUGUCGACUCCAGUACCGAGAGGCAGGAAAGGAAAGAAGAUGAAGACUCAGUCCAGCUCGUUUGAUAUCCAGAAGGCAGAGUGGAUCCGAAAACACAAUCCAGAGCACAUGCUGUCUGACGACGGCUACAAGAAACAUUUGAAACACCACUGCAACAAGGUGCUGUUAAGGGUCAGAAUGCUGUACUAUCUCAAACAGGAGGUGAUUGGAGCACAGUGCCAAAAAGUGCUGGAUGGAGCUGAAGCCAGUGAGAUUGAGAUCUGGGUUCCUGAGCCAGAUCAUUCAGAGUUGCCUGCUCUGUGGUGGGACACAUUCUCAGACAAGUGUCUGCUGUUAGGAGUCUAUAAGCAUGGUUAUGAGAAGUACAACACUAUUCGAGCAGAUCCAGCACUGUGUUUCUUAGAAAGGGUUGGUCGACCAGAUGAGAAGGCUAUUGCUGCUGAACAGAGAGCAAAUGACUUUAUGGAUGGGGAUGUGGAUGACCCUGAGUACAAGCCUGCUCCAGCUUUGCUGAAGGACGAUAUGGAGGAUGAUGCUUCCUCGCCAGGAGACUUGGUUAUCACUGAUGCAGAUGGAGGGUCUGUAUUAGAUGCUGGAGGUGGUAAUCUGGGUGCUGGCUCAGGGGUGUACUGGCCUUCAUCCUCCACACUGACGGCCCGACUGCGGCGUCUGAUCACUGCAUCUCAGCGCUUUACCAAGAGCAGACAGAUACUUCAGAUCCACCAGACACAGCAGGCUAUGACCCCUGCCCUCUACACUCUGCCUCCCACGCUCAGCGACACACUCAACCCCAAAAUGGCUGCUAAGAUUGAAAGACAACAACGGUGGACACGGAGAGAGGAGGCGGAUUUCUAUCGCGUGGUUUCGACAUUUGGAGUAGUGUUCGAUCCAGACUUGAAUCGUUUCGACUGGACCAAGUUCAGAGCCAUGGCUCGACUGCACAAGAAAACUGAUGAGAGUCUACACAAGUACCUGUGUGCCUUUAUUGCCAUGUGCAGGAGGGUCUGCCAUCUACCGGCUAGAGAAGGAGACAUGGUGGACUCCUCUCUUGCUAUUCAACCAAUCACAGAGGAGCGUGCAUCCCGUACCUUAUACCGUGUGGAGUUGCUGCGAAAGAUAAGAGAACAGGUGUUACGUCACCCUCAGCUCUAUGAGCGUCUGGCUCUCUGCCAGGCAGGACCAGAUCUUCCAGUGUGGUGGGAACCAGGACCCCACGAUCGGGAUCUCCUGCUUGGGGCAGCCAAGCAUGGAGUCAGUCGAACAGACUACCACAUCCUCCGAGACCCAGAGCUCUGUUUCAUGGCAGCCCAGAGGAACUACAGCCAGAACAAGGGGACUGUUGCACAAGUCCAAGCCCAGAAUCAGACGCUUUCGCUGGGUCAGACUCCCAUCCCGACCCCCCUCCAGCACAUUCAGUCUAAAGAGGCUUCAGUUUCACAACUCCUUAAUCAAAGAGAGAAUUUAACUGGACUGAAGGUGGAGCCGCAGUCAGAGGGAGAAGAGGAAAGUGGAGAGAGAGAACUCAAGAUGGAAACACCCUCUAUCAGACCUCCCACACCUUCAGGAGUGGAGGAGAAAGAUGAUGUCCUUAAUAAAGGUGGAGAGAAUGAGAGACAGAUGGUGGCAGCCAGGACAAAACCACUUACACCGAACUCAGUGACUCGAAAACAGAAGAAGCAGAGUAAACGGAGCCGCAGGGAGGCCAGGAGGGGGUCGGGAUCAGACUCCGACUCUGAUGGCUCCUCAUCCAGCUCUUCAUCAAGUUCUUGUUCGAGAUCGUCUUCCUCAUCCUCUUCACGAUCAGGAUCCAGUUCCUCAUCCUCAUCUUCCUCCUGUUCUUCAGGCUCAUCGUCUUCAUCGUCGUCAUCGUCGUCUUCAGAGGACAGUGACAAUGAGGAGGUACCAAAGAAUGUGUCAGCAGUGCCUGGUGUUAAAGGCUUUGACGAAGACAGCGUGACCUCAGUCAACACUACACAAGAUGACAUGCAGGACAGUCAUGUGACCAAUGGUAUCUCUAACCCUCCCCACCCUUUCCAGGGAGGCUACAUGCUUGCUGCCUCCUACUGGCCAAAGGACCGUGUCAUGAUAAACCGGUUGGACAGUAUAUGUCAGGCAAUUUUAAAGGGGAAAUGGCCAGGGGUUCGGCGUGCAUACGAAGGCAAUGCAGUGACUUCUUUCUACACCACCAAACUCCUGGACAAUGCAGGCACUCUCGCUGAUGACCCCUCAGCCUCCCCUCAGGGUUCAAAGGUGAAGACGCAUGUUGCAGACAGAGAAAAGGAGUUCUCAGUCAAAAUCAAUAACCAGGAGGGUAGCCUUAAACUGACCUUCCAGAAGCAGGGCUUGCCUCUGAAGCGCCCCCUGGAGGGUGAGGAGGGACCUCUCGCCCAGCAGCAGUACUUAGCCCGGCUACAAGAGCUACAGAACGCAUCUGAUACCAGCCUCGCAGACUAUACCAAAACACAGAACAGCUAUCCACAGGGGCUGGCAGGGCAGAUGCAUCUGAAUGGAGGGAUUGAUGGACAGCCUGUGGUGAAGAAGAGGAGAGGAAGGCGAAAGAAUGUCGAGGGGAUGGACCUGCUGUACAUGAACCGAAACAAGCCUUCCAUGAUGCCAGAGCAGUUUCCUGCUGGCUGGAGUGGAGAUGUCGCAGGCAUGCCUGCCCCCCAUGGGCAGAGCACACCUCAAGGACAUGGCCAGGGACCAGCUCCCCAAGAUGCAGAGAUCCGUGUUCCCGUCAUCAGCCUCAAAGAUGGGACACGACUGGCCGGCGAUGAUGCUCCUAAGCGGAAAGAUCUUGACCUGUGGCUGAAGGAGCACCCAGGCUUUGUGGCAGAUGUGGGGGCCUUUAUCUCAACUGCAAAUAAACUGCAGUUUCAAAACAGACCAAAACAGAAGAGACAUCGCUGCAGAAACCCCAACAAAAUUGACAUCAACAGCCUGACUGGAGAAGAGAGAGUACAGAUCAUCAACAGGCGAAAUGCACGCAAGAUUGGCGGUGCAUUUGCUCCUCCUCUAAAAGAUUUAUGUCAGUUUCUGCAGCAGAAUCCAGAAUAUGGAGUCCCACCUGAGUGGGCCGACGUUGUUAAACAGUCUGGUUACCUUCCUGAAAGUAUGUUCGACCGUAUCCUGACCGGCCCCAUUGUUCCUGAAGAGGUGAGCCGGCGAGGUCGACGUCCCAAAAAUGCUAUUGCUAAAGCUGCCACAGUGGCCAGUGCAAGUGCCAAUGCAGCCGUGGGGCUCAACCCGCUCCUAACCAAUGGCCUCCUCACUGGGCUGGAUUUGCCUAGUCUACAAGCUCUACAGCACAACUUUCAGAGUCUACAAUCUCUCCAACUCACCACUAGCCUCAUGGGACUGCCUCAUGACCCAACCAUGUUUCCAAUGAUGCUGUCUGGAAUGCCUGGGCUGCCAAACCUUUUAGGGAUGGGCGGUCUCCUUGGAAAACCUUCACAGGAACUGGCAGUUGUUGCUUCAACAGGUGACGAGGAUUGGAAAAAGAAGAAAAGUGGAGACUCAACCACACCCAAAGUGUCAGCUCAAACUUCAAGUCCUGAUGGCAAGGUGGAAAGGACAGAGGUUCAAAGUUCUAAAGCCACCACCUCUACAGCCACCAACUCUAGUCAAAUAAGUGAUUCUGCUUCAGGCCACCCAUUGGCCCUCAACCCCCUCCUCCUCUCUAGUAUGCUCUACCCAGGGAUGCUUUUUACUUCAGGCCUUAACCUGCCUGUGGCCAAUCAGCCGCAAGCUGCAAACACUCAGCCAACCUCACCACCACAACCUGCUGCCUCUGAAGCCACGCCCCAGCAGCCUGGCUGUUCAGAGGAGAAAGACAGUGAUGAGGGGGAGGAGCCUGAUGAAAAUAAGGAUAACAGUGGUCCAGAGGGCUCGGCGAAGGUGGAGUCAUCCUCCGACGAGUCUGGUAGCUCCUCCUCGUCCUCAGAGGAUUCUGAUUCCAGUGAUGAAUACUGAGUCUUUAUACAUAUAUAAAUAAAUAUUAUAUAUUUAUAUACAUCUCUUAGAAAUGUAUACAUUUAAACACAUAUAGGAAUUAUCUUGCAUUUACUACAUUUGUUUUCAUGUAAAUAUUAUAACUAAAGUGUUGUGUAAUGAAGAGGAUAAAAAAAUGGAAAACGGAGAUCCUAGAAAAACUUAAAUAAAAUUUCACUGUUUGUUAAGGUACAAUGUUGUUUUGAAGAGACAUUUUGCAUGUCGAAAAACUUAAGUAAAUCUAUGGACAUUGUGGAAUUGUAUUACACGACGAUGUACAAUUGCAACAGACAAGAAGCAAAAACAAGCAAAGGCAUUACUGUUGUAACUAUGUUGGGAUUUAAUUUUAUUAAAAAAAUGAGGACAUUGUUGCUCAUGCAGAGCUGUAUAAUUAAUAUAUUUUGUUUGGGAAAAGGAGCACAUCGACUGUUUUGGUUUAAUUUGUAAAUACUUGAGCAGGAUCCUGAACACAGACUUCACUGAGCAUACCUACAGAUACACAGCAAUAACACACAGGCAGCUUAUGAAUGUCAUUGAAGCUGUAGAUACCGUGCAUUUAGUAUUACAACUACUCAUUCAGUCACUCUGUCUCGCUGUUCACUUGUUUGUUUCACUUGUCCCGGAUUCUCAUCCCAAACACCCCCCCACCCCCACCCAAUAUUCUUUCUUUCUCUUUCUUAUUUAUAUCUCUCUUCCUUUCUCUCUCUUUUUUCUUAUUCUCUUUCUUUCUUAUUCUCUUCAUAUACAGCUAUUUUGCGCAGAGAUUUGAGUUUUCUGAGUGCAGGCACUAAAGAAUUCAUCACAUACACUGUGUAGUCUAUAAGGUAUACAGUGAAAACAGAAAUUAUUUUACUGUGUUUUAGGGACAAAGAAAACCUUGCUUGCAAUGUCUAAAGUGUGGGGGGGGGGGGGGUGGAAUGGGUGUUUGGGUGGUUUAUGAGGAAGACGUUUUAGGUUACAAACUGGUAAUUACAAGGGUAUUAUGCUAUAAAUGUGGUUUAUGAGGACAUCUAGUGUCUCCAUAAUUCAAAUCACUUAAAAAAAAAAACAUGCUAAACGAUGUUUUAUUUUAAAAUGCAGAACGUUUUUUGUGAGGGUUAGGUUUAGAGGAAGGGUUAAGGGAUAGAAUCUAUAGUUUGUACAGUAUAAAAAUCAUUGUCUAUGGAGAGUCCUCAUAAGGAUAGCCGCACCAAGUGUGUGUGUUUAGAACAAACAAACUUUCUAGUUCAGGCAACAUCCUUCACACUGUGUGUGUUUGAAACAAACGUUUCUAUUAUAGUUCAGACAGCACUGUGUGUAUUGUGUGUUCUGUUUGCUUAUGAACACAGUUGCCUCAAUUUGCAUGAAAAUGUAUGUGUCCAAGGUCUUGUCGUACUAAUGGGCAAACUCCGUGCAUUUAUUCUCCCUUUUCCCACUGAGUUCUAUAGACUGCUUCAGCAUUGUCAUAUUAUUCAUCACACCACUAUGGUCUCCACAUACUAACACCACUCAAGUUUGUGAUUUUUGUAAGCGUACAUUUUGAAAUGAAUUAUUGGCAGUAGUAUUUCGCUUGAAAGGCUACUUUUUCAAAACAGGAGCAUUUAUGGUAUCCCCAGAAUUGAUUGGAGGGUUGAAAAUGUGAUUAUUAGUUAUUUUACAGUGUAAGCAUAUACAGGUCACAUCCCCAAGUUCCUUUAGUCCUGUAAAACUAUGUCCUCAGUUUUAAAUGCAGAUCCACAUAGCCGCUUUAAUGCUGUUAUAUGUAAAUGACUGAUAUAGAAGUGUCCUUAUGCCAUACUUCAGUGUCUGUCCCUCAUAGCACCACUUUGUGAAAAAUGCAUUGCAAUCCAGCACCUCGGCCAACACAGUAAAUCUCAUUGGCAUUUUUAAUGCAGGACUUUUUUUUUCUGUGUGGUGAUGCGCUCUUGUUCUUGACUGUUAGGCCAAUUUUGUGGCAUAGGUUAGAUUUGUUUCCUGACCGUAUAAGUCUUCGUUGCAGUAACACUCUUUCCCCGUGUUUGUUUAUAUUCAGGUUGGCUGCAGAAGUUUUCCAUUUGUGAUGCAAAUUUCUUCUGGAUGCACUGCACAAUGCAACUCUUUGCCUGUCUCACUAGUGAACACAGUUAUAUUAAUGUGUCUUUCCAAGCAUGUAAGAUUUAAUUCAUAAUGGAUUAACACAGAUGCCCUCAACCUUCAUAAACGAUGUGACUUUGCCUCAUUAGAAGAUCUGAUUGUCAUGUUCUCUCCUGUUUCCAGUUAGUUUGUGCUAAGCCACACACUUUGAAACGUGUCCAGGUAUUGCUGCUUUCCACUUCUUCCCAAAACUGCACAUGAUACAUAUAUAUAUCUCUCUUAUUGUGACAUCGGCAUUGUUAGCAUCUCAUUUAAUUGAAUUAUGUUUGGCGAAGAAUUGCAUGUUUGACUGAGCAUUUGGAAAUUUACAUUGUUUUUGUUUUUUUCAUGUGUACAUUAAUUUAAUAUUUUGGUUGUAUUUCAUGUGUUGCAUUUAUGCGGAUUGAAACGCUGGACUACUGACCAGAAUCAGGGCAAGACUUGCCAUCGUGGCACAAAGACAAUGAUAUUCACCAUGGAACAGAAAAUGAAAUAGUAAUACACUACUGCAAAUAAACGUUUGUUUUCAGUUAUGUGAAUUGA